GUGGAUCAAGACUUUACAGUCAGGAUCAGGGGCGGACUGACCAUUUGGAAACUCGGGCACUGCCCGAGGGCCCGGGGUCAGUAGGGGGCCCCAUGAGAUGCCCCUGGUACCUAUUUCAUAGGCUUUUUUGAGUUUGGGCAAGGACACAGGGGCCCCAUGAUCCCCUAUUGCCCGGGGGCCCCAUGAGUUGUCAGUCCACCCCUGCUUUAGUAAACAAACCCCAAUGUGUGUCCUCCACCAUGUCCUCUCUGCGACUGCUCCUAGCCCAGGAAAACAUGCAGUGCAUUGGGGUGCUAUUC